AGGCGCGGGGGCGCGGGGGCGCGGGGCGUGGCGACGCAGCACGCUCCUCCCGGGGCCGACGUCUACGGAGGCGCGCCCCGAUUUCAAACUGGGCGAGCUGUGCUCCUCGGACGCCUCGUCGGCCUGGCCUCGGCACCGCAGUCCCGGCGGCGAGGAGGUCUUGGCAGCAGGAUUAAGUGAGGUGGCUUUGCCAGGCAAAGGCUAUGCUGCAGAUGUGUGCAGAACCGUGCUGCACAGGUAGUGGGAGCAACAUCUCUGACCUCAGAGGCACAGGUCCUUGAGAGGAAGUUGCCAUACUUUUCCUGGAGGCAUUAAAGGGUGUUGAAGAAGCAGAGGAAUCCCAGGACCAUGUCUAAUAAAACCCAGGAGAUUGGUGAUAUCCAUUUCCCUUUUCCCUUCACACCCUAUUCCAUCCAGAAAGACUUCAUGGCUGAGCUAUAUCGGGUGUUGGAGGCUGGCAAAAUCGGAAUAUUUGAGAGUCCGACUGGCACUGGAAAAUCUUUAAGUGUCAUUUGUGGAGCCCUUUCCUGGCUCCGUGACUUUGAGCAGAAGAAACAUCAAGAAGAGGCACGUCUCCUUAAAGCUGGAACUACUCCCCUAAACGAUGGGAAGGAGCAGCCCCCACCUCUCUCUGCCUCCUGCAAAAGGACCCCAGACACCCUGAGCCCUGCGGGAGAGCCUGACUGGGUGACUCAGUUUGUGCAGAAGAAAGAAGAAAGGGACCUGGUAGACCGACUGAAGGAGGAGCAGGUCAGGAGAAAGAAGCGGGAGGAACGCCUGCAGCAGAUGCGUCACAACGCACAGCUCAAGUAUGCAGCCAAGCGUGUGAGACAGGAGGAAGAAGAAAUGGAGCGUCUCCUCCGCCUCAGCAGGGAGAUGCUUGCGGCAGGAACCGGGGCCAAGCCACUAGAGCAGCUGGCAUCUGGGGAGGAGGAGCUGGUCCUUGCCGAGUAUGAGAGCGAUGAGGAGAAGGGAGCGCCUAGCGGAGUGGACGAGGAUGAGGAUGAUCCAGAGGAAGAACAUGUAACUAAGAUUUACUACUGCAGUCGGACGCACUCCCAGCUGGCUCAGUUUGUGCAUGAGGUGCAGAGGAGCCCCUUUGGCAAGGACACCAGGCUUGUCUCCCUCGGCUCUCGGCAGAAUCUUUGUGUAAAUGAAGAUGUGAAAACCCUGGGUUCUGUGCAGCUUAUCAAUGACCGCUGCAUGGAGAUGCAGAGAAGCAAACACGGUAGCCACAAGAACAGAGCUGAGGAAGAGAAGCCCAAGAGGAGAAGACAGGAGCACCAGGCCGCCUGCCCCUUCUACAACUAUGAGCAGCUGCAGCUCCUCCGAGACCAGGUCCUGGUGGGGGUGAAGGACAUUGAGCAGUUGGUGGCCCUGGGGAAGGAGGCUCGAGCCUGUCCCUAUUAUGGGAGCCGGUUUGCCAUUCCAGCAGCUCAGCUCGUGGUGCUGCCCUACCAGAUGUUGCUGCAUGCGGCCACCCGCCAGGCCGCAGGGAUCCGGCUGCAGGGCCAGGUGGUGGUCAUCGAUGAGGCGCACAACCUGAUUGACACCAUCACGGGCAUCCACAGUGUGGAGGUCAGCGGUUCCCAGCUCUGCCAGGCCCAUUCCCAGUUGCUCCAGUAUAUGGAACGAUAUGGGAAGCGUCUGAAGGCCAAGAACUUGAUGUACAUCAAACAGAUCCUGUAUCUGUUGGAGAAGUUUGUGACUGUGUUGGGUGGGAACGUUAAGCAGAAUCCCAACACACAGAGUCUUUCUCAGACAGGGACAGAGCUGAAGACCAUCAAUGACUUCCUCUUUCAGACCCAGAUCGACAACAUCAACCUGUUCAAGGUGCGCCACUACUGUGAGAAGAGCAUGAUAAGCAGAAAGCUCUUUGGCUUCACUGAGAGGUACGGCAUAGUCCUCGCGCCCUCCAGGGAGCAGCCCAACCUGGCUGGGUUACAGCACUUCCUGCAGAGUCUGCAGCCCACAGUCACCAAGACUCCUGUGACCCCUGUGGAGGACGGUGAGGCCAGAGUGCCACGGCCGGCUUCCCCACUGAUGCACAUUGAAUCCUUCCUUGCAGCCCUCACCACUGCCAACCAGGAUGGCAGGGUUAUCCUGAGCCGCCAAGGAAGCCUUAGUCAGAGUAGCCUCAAAUUCUUGCUCCUGAAUCCAGCCGUGCACUUUGCCCAGGUGGUGAAGGAAUGCCGGGCUGUGGUCAUUGCAGGGGGUACCAUGCAGCCGGUGUCUGACUUCCGGGAGCAGCUGCUGGCCUGUGCCGGGGUGGAAGCUGAGCGAGUGGUGGAGUUUUCCUGUGGUCACGUGAUCCCUCCGGACAAUAUUUUACCGCUCAUCAUCUGCAGUGGGCCCUCCAGCCAGCAGCUGGAGUUCACGUAUCAGAAACGAGAGCUACCACAGAUGAUGGAUGAGACCGGUCGCAUUCUCUGUAACCUGUGCACUGUGGUCCCUGGAGGGGUGGUCUGUUUUUUCCCCUCCUACGAGUACCAGCGCCAGGUCUAUGCCCACUGGGAUAAGAGUGGUCUGCUGGCCCGCCUGGCUGUCAGGAAAAAGAUAUUUCAGGAACCCAAGAGAGCAAACCAGGUGGAGCAGGUGCUGAUGGAGUAUUCCAGGUGCAUUAAGUGUUGUGGCCAGGCGGGAGGCACGGUGACAGGUGCUCUGCUCCUCUCUGUGGUUGGAGGAAAGAUGAGUGAAGGUAUUAACUUCUCUGAUGACCUUGGCCGGUGUGUGGUCAUGGUAGGCAUGCCCUACCCCAACAUCAAGUCUCCGGAGCUACAAGAGAAGAUGGCUUACCUGGAUCAGACCCUACCCAGAGUUCCAGGUCAACCACCCCCAGGGAAGGCUUUGGUGGAGAAUCUGUGUAUGAAGGCUGUCAACCAAUCUAUAGGCAGGGCCAUCAGGCACCAGAAGGAUUUUGCCAGCAUAGUGCUCCUGGAUCAGCGGUAUGCGCGCCCACCUAUCCUGGAAAAGCUGCCAGCCUGGAUCCGAGACCGUGUGGAAGUCAGAGCCACCUUUGGUCCUGCCUUUGCUACUAUGAGGAAGUUUCAUCGUGAGAAGUCAGUCCCUUCCUGAGGGAUGGCCCACCGCUGCCUGCUGCCAGGCUUUUCCUUCUCCCUGCCCACUUGAAAUGUUUGUCUUGGGCUUGCUCUGAGGGGAUUCAGCCUAAGAACAUGAAGCUGGAGCAGCCCAGCCCCUUUCUGGGGUGAGUGGGCUGCCAGGACCAGGCAUAGGUGGAAAAGCCACUAGGAGAAAAUCAGGUUGAUUCUGAAGAAAUCGGGUCCUGGCCAUCCUGGGGCCCACCCCAGGGCAGUUCUCCCUCCCUGGAUUGAAUCUGUGUGCCCAUUCAGUGUGGCCCAGAGUCCAGCUCCCUGCCCCACUUCCUGGCCAGCCUCCCAUUGCAACAUUUCUGUCCUUCCGUCUCUCAGUGUCCACUCUCCCAGAGGUGAGGUGGAACAUGCCCUCCUGCCUUUUCCCUUUCUGGCUACAGUUUGCUGUUCUAGAUGUUCACCCUCUCUUCAAACCUAAGAAUGUUCCCUGUUUCCAGCCCCCAGCUGCCCAGAGGGCUCCUUCUGCCCAGGGGCCUCUGAUUACCUCAACCCGAUCUUCUUUCUCUGUGUUAGGAACUGGUAAGAGAGCCAUGUGUCAGCUCCCCCACCUGCUAGGCUCUCUGUGUCCUGGUCUUUCUUUCCCCCAACCACAGUGCUGGUCCCGCACCUGUUCCAUAGCUGGCCUGGUUCCAGGUCCUCCUCCAAGUUGGUGGCACCUCCUUCCCACUAAGCCACUUGAGCAAACUUCAGACACCUCCUCCCUGACUUCAGCAAUUAUGCCAAGGGCCAUUAGGCUCCCAGCAGGACUAUUUUUAGAGAUCCCGUGUCUAUCACAGAGAUGUUUUUCCCUGUGUGAAGAUAUCCUCCCAUCUGCAGCCACCACCCCCACCACCCCCGCCCGUCCAGUUGACCACCUCUCUGCUCUCCCUGACCCAGAAGGGGCCUUGGUCCACUCUGUGCUCUGCCCCCAUUGCUUGAGCCCAGUGGGAGCAGGAGGACAGGUGCUGGCUUGAAGGAGAUGCUUUCAUUCUGCACAACCAUAGCUCUUUAAUUAAAGGUGCACUGCUGGUUUACACUC